ACACCGAUGCCGAGCUGACGAAAACCGGGUCAUGCGUUGGCGCUGACUUGUCUGUGCCCGCCCUCCUCUGCGCCCGUCAGCCCCCUGCGGGUGGGCACCGGGCUGCCUGCGUAAUCCUGAAGGCCGGAGAUAAUGGUCUUAAUCUGAGUGGUCAAAAUGGUCUUAUCAUUGCCUGUUACCAAGGUUUUGUGGACAUUGUAAUAGCCUUAUCACAAUGCCCUCACCUUGAUGUGAACUGGCAGGACAACGAAGGGAACACAGCUCUAAUUACAGCUGCACAGGCAGGGCACAUAACCAUUACAAACUAUUUGUUGAACUAUUUUCCUGGGCUCGAUAUUGAGAAGAGGAAUAUGUUUGGAUUCACAGCACUGAUGAAAUCUGCGAUGCAGGGCCGAACUGAAUGUGUGAAAGCCUUGAUGUUGGCAGGGGCAAAUGUUCACGCGACUGACCCAAGCCGUGGACUGACUUCAUGGGAAUGGGCUUGUUACACAGGACGAUCAGAAUCUGCCUUCAUCAUGCAAAAGCUGAUGGACAGGCCAUGCCCAGAACAGUUUUGUGAUCAAUAUAAACCAGAAUGGCCAAAGAUGAAGGAACUUCUUGCCAAGGCUGCGGAGCCAAAAAACUGUUUGCAGAGGAUUUCUGAGUGCAUGAGGGCAGCUAUCUCAUUCCGGUCUUUCUACGGCCCGGAAGAAGACGGGGUCCUUGAUCACAUGGUGAAGGUGACAACAAGCUUGAGCAGUCCUUUCAUUGCUCUGUCAUGCCGGACAGUGUGCCCAGGCAGCCCACCUUCUGUGGGGAAACACAGACUGUCUGUGCAAGAAAUCCUGAGGAAGCAAAGAGCCGAGGAGAUCCGAUCUCAGGACAAAGACCACUUUAGCAGCUAUGAGAAGCUAUUUCGGAACUCCAAAGUCACACUGAUCCCCAAGAAGAAGGACCGGCGAGCCAGCCUGCAGCCCAUCAGCCUUGCAGUCUCUCAGGUGAACGCCAUAGCCACUAGGAAAGCAAGCCUCUUGCCGCUCCACCUGCUUAGACGGAGCAGCGUCAGGCCAGGAUUUGUCAUCCCCAAAGUCCGUAUCAGCAAGGCUCCUCCACCCACCUUCCAGCCCGAAAAGGCGAGAAGGAGGAGCAGCGCCAAGGAUGACCCCUAUUUGCAGAUUCCCAAGUGGAGAUACAAGGAGCUCAAAGAGGAGCGGAAGAAGGCGGAGGAACAGGAGAAGAACAAAGCAGCAGAGGCUCAAAAGCAGAGGCAGGUGUCUCCUGCCCGGUGCAGGACCUGA